AUGUUGGCUCUGGAUAAUAAUACUGAUAUUGAAUGUGUAAGCGAUACAUCUUCCUCGGGGAACGUGGAUAUCAACAAAACUACAUCAACAUCUUCUUCAUCUUACAGAGUGUUACGGAUUGAUCCACUUAUUGGACUAAAGAUUAAUUUUGGAGAUACUGACAAAACAUGGAUGAAAAAUCUUGAAAGGAUUCUCUAUAGAACUAUCACUUCGGUUCAUUUGGUACCUAUUGUUUUAUUAUUUCAAUAUUUAAUAUUGGGUUUAUAUGGAUAUUAUGCAUUGGAGUGGGAGGCCAAUGUUAUUCUGCUUAUUGCUUGUGUAAUUGGGUCAACUGCAAGUAGAAAGUACAUCUCCUAUUCCAUCUCUGACCAACAGACAGAUAUUGAGACAACCAUGGCAAGUGAGAGGAAGAGAAUUCUCAUUAGCUUGUUGGCUUUUACUGUCAGAUUCAUAUUUGUGGGCAAGGUUAAAAUUAUUAUCCUGCCAAUUUAUCUGUGCAUUAUUAUGAGUACUAACAACCUUUCGAAAGAGUACAAGAUUUAUUCUCUCAUACCAAUCUAUUAUUCGUGUAUUUUACACUUGGGAGGUGCAAUUUUGGAGCUAGCUAGAUAUGGAUUUACACUGGAUUCCAUUACAUACUUUUGUGAAAAUUCAGGAAUUGUCCUUUCUAUUCUGAUAUUGAGUUUUCAUGUAAUGACAACAUCAGAAAAUUUGAAACAAAAAGUGAGGACCCUUGAGAAGACUAGAGAAAAAUUAGAGGAAGCUCUCUCAACUAAACAAACAUUCCUUAGACACAUCAGCCAUGAAUUUCGUUCACCAUGUUUGAGUAGCCUGGGCAGUGUAGAGUUGUUGAGAGAAACUAAUCUGACAUGUGAACAGAGAGAGCUAGUUGAAACUAUUGCCUCCUCUGAUGGAAUACUAUUGAACUUAAUCGAGGACAUUCUAACUGUAGCAAGAUUUGAACAUGAAAAGAAGGAAAAUUUCAAGAAUACCAUUGUAAAUGUAUUUAAUUUAGGAAAAUGUAUUCAAUUAAUUGGGGCAAUCAUUAAUAGCUAUUCUAAACAUUUUAAUGUUAAAUUGGAAAUAUUAAUGGAUUCUAUUACACAAAACUUGAAUGUGAGAACUAGUCAAACUAGGAUUCACCAAAUUCUCUCUAACUUGCUAACUAACGCUAUUAAGGCUUCUAAGAAUGGACAAACUGUUAAUUUAAUCUGCAAAGCGAACGGAGAACCCCAAACUAAUCAUGGAAUUUUACAACAGGAAAUUGAGUUUAAGGUUAUAGACUUGGGCUCUGGCAUUCCCAAGAACAAGCAGAGGGAGAUUUUUGCUCCAUUCUCUCAAUUGCACAAUGUGAAUGAAAAUAUUUAUCCAGGUUCUGGAUUGGGUUUAAAUAUUGUAUCGAGUCAUGUGAAUUCAAUGGGUGGAACUAUUUCAUUAAAAUCUGAAAUUGAUAAAGGAAGUGAGUUCACAAUUACUCUUCCAUUGGAAAUUGUGGUUGGUGACUGUGUAACUGAGCUACAGGAAGAUGCCGAUACUUCUCUUAAGCGACAAAUGGUCUUUCACGAGAAUUAUUUUAGACUGUUCACAGAACCAACCUUGCAAGAAAAUACACAACCAACAAAAAGAACAGAGAUUAUAAUUGCAGAUGAUAAUCCAAUUAAUAGAAAAGUAAUUGUUAAGCUGAUCGAAAGUCUUGGUUAUGAAACAGAGAGUGUUUGUAAUGGAAAGGAGUUGGUUGAUGCAGUGGAUCCUAAACAACAUAAACUAGUCAUUACGGAUUUGACAGAACAUGCCAGUAAUGGAUGGUAUUGA